GGCGGCAGAGCUAGCACGCGUGACGCUCCUGCUCGGCGACGGUGACGCGCGCAGCACGUGACUCCGGCAGUGCGGCGCAGUGGUGUGACGGAGCGGCCGGAGACUGGGACCAAACCGGACACAGACCAGGCAGGAGAGGAGAGAAGACGACAGGACGGCGCGCGGCCCGGGAGCCCGCCUCGGUAUGCUGUCCUGUGCCGGACACGCAGAACUGCAGAAACGCAAGUCCGGACCCAGCGAAGCAGCCGGACCCUAGCAGAUUGGUGAUGUGAUUAUCGCCGAUAUCCGAAACAGCUGCUUCUUGGAAAGUCUGAUCUGAGUGCGGAGACAACAUGAUGCCAACCAACUCUGAUGACGACCUGAUGUCCUGGUUGACCAACCAGCUCGACUACCACGUGGAUGCCAAGCAGCCGCCGCCGCCACCGCCGCCGCCCCCGCCGCCGCCACCGCCGCAGCCGCCCCCGCAGCCGUCGGCGCCGCCCGGGACUUUCCCGUGCGAGAGGCUGGCAGGAGGCGGCGGCCCGGUGAGCUUCGCCGAGACAGACAUCGACACAAACAUGAACACAGAGGAGCAUGUGCACGCCAUUCUGGAGGAGGAGCCCCUGCCGGCCGGCCCCGGCUACCCGCCGCUGGUGGACCCCACCAACGACCUGGGGGCCAUCGAGGAGACCUUCAACUCGGACGCGGCGCGCCAGCUGUUCAGCGCCUCCACCAGCGUCAGCCUCGACUUCGACCUGGGCAACCUGCUCUCAGAGUAUAGGGUGGGCGAACUAAUGGCAGAGGGCGGCAUGUCCGUCAAUGAGCGGCGAAUGCGGAUGCGUCGUCAGCUGUCGGCGCCCGGGGAGCUGACCCCCCAGCUGCAGCAGCUCCACAUCAAGGUCAAGGACGAGCCGGACCGGACAUGUGAACUGCCGUGUCGGGAGCGACUAUCGGCCGCCGACCCCGCCCGACGCUCCAUCGCCGUCAACAACCCCCUGCUAGCUAGUCUGUUGGAGUCGUCUGGCGCGAAGAGCCGGCCGACGCAGUGUAUGUCCAGUGUCACCUCACCUCCGUCCUUCGCCGCCGAGCCUCCUCCGUUCGGCUCUGUGCCGCCGCGCGCUGCCGUCAGCCGCACCGCCAGCGCCCCCUGCCACCAGGCCAUCAAACAGGAGAAACUGGAGCCGCCGGACAGUAUCGACACCGAUGACGCGGACCUGGCCGAUUUUAUGUGUUCGAAUGGUGGCAGCGGCGGCGGCGGAAACAGUGAUGGCUCCGGUCCGUCCACCAGCGCGGUGGCCGCCGAUUUCUACGGGUCUCUGUCGUCGGGCGGCGAGCGGCAGUCGGCGCCGGCCGACGCCCUGGGCCGGCCCGGCGAACACUCCAAGCUGCUCGAGAUGCUGACCUCUGAGGGCGCGGCGGCGGCGGCGGCGGCCGUGGCGGCGGCAGCGGCGGCGCCCGGACCCGCCGGCCUGCGCCAUCCGGCCGGUCACCCCCAGCAGCAAGGCUCGCUGCCACCCAGCCCAGCCGACAGCGGAGUAUCGGAUGUCGACAGCAGCAGCGGCAACGCCAGCAACGACGAGUCCAAGCCGCGGCUACACUUGGUGGGCCGGACAGACGACGUGCAGCACCCCGCUCACCCGUUCUACGGUCAGCAGAGGCACCCGUUCCGGCACCAGCCCUACCCGCGACCACCAGUGUCGGACAGUUUGUACGGCAGCGGCGCGGCGGCUGCCCGGUCCCCGUACCCAGUCUCGGGCUCCAGCAGUGUGCCGCCGUCCCCAGUGGCGCUCUACGCCUCCAGCCUGGGUCUCCCCGCCCCACUGUUCGGCGACGGCCCGCUGUCGCUGCCGUCACCUCUGCUCGGCAGCCCGCCGGCCACCAGCCCCGAGGCCAUGUACCGGGCGGCCGGCGCGUUCGACUUUGACGUCAACCGUCGGAGAGGGCGGCGACCGCGCCCCGACGGCUCCUCCGCACCCAAACGGAAGAGCAGAGACGGCUCGUCGCUGUACCUGUGGGAGUUCCUGCUGAACCUCCUGCAGGACGCCCGCUACACACCCUCCAUCAUCAAAUGGGUCAACUUCCGCGAGCACGUGUUCAAGCUGACCGACUCCAAGGCGGUGGCGGGCCUGUGGGGCCGGCACAAGAACAAGCCCGACAUGAACUACGAGACCAUGGGACGCGCAAUGAGGUACUACUACCAGCGUGGCAUCCUCAACAAGGUGGACGGCCAGCGACUCGUCUACCAGUUCAAAAACGUGCCCCGGGACCUAAACGAUAUCGUCGAAAUCGACUGUUCUGGCACAUAGGUGGCACGGCGUCUGACUGCCCACUGUACAAACUGUACAAAAGUGUGAUAUACUGCCUCUCUGAGUACGUGCGGCGUGCGUGUGGAGACCCCCAGUGGGAGGCCCCUCCGGCGUGAGGAGCUCCAGUCAAUGAGAGGGGCGGCGAGCGCCGACGCACCGGUGCGCCUGAUGAACUGUGUGGUGAAGCGUAUGAUAAAGUGUAUGCUCUAUUGUGUCGCGCAGUGUUUGAAUUGUGCGUGUUGAGAGUCGGUGUGAAUGCGUCACCGAGACUUGCGUCAGCAGCGAAUGCCUUACAUCAAAUCGCCCGACACUGUGGUGGGCCCUAACAAGCUAUUUUUUACACUUAGACUGUGCGUGAAAAGUGAAAAGCGUGAUCUCACUUUUUCAAGCCUACUUAAUGUUCGUUGGUGCGUGGGGCAUAUAUCGGUGCGCUCGCGUUCUCGUAUAUAAACCUAAACAUAUAAUUAUAUCUGUGUUUGGCGGCCGCUGGCGCCGCCGUGUGUGUACAGAUUAUUUACCAUUGUUCGCCGCGCCAUCCCGAGUUUCCAGUACCUGACGGGGAGAGACCGGCGGCCACCUCCGAGACGCCCCAGGCUUCCAGCGCACGCUCCCCGCGCGGCCCGCCCAGCCCAGCGCCCCGCCCCGCCCCGGCCUGCUGUGUCAUCGGUGUUCAGUCACUUUUCGCUGUUACUUCCUGGCGCGCCGCGUCCGUAUGUGUUGACCGUUUCUUUGUCAGACGAUCUGUGGCAGCAGGAAUCUCGUGUGACAAUCGGCCGCGCGCGCCGCGCUGGCCCGCUGUUCGUAGCCGUACCGCCGAGCCGCGCGCACCCCUCCCGGGCCCGAGCGGCCGAGUCCGCCGGUCAGUCGGCCCUGACGGCUCGGCCGACGGCGGCGGCGCUCCGUCGGCCCGAUCACUGGUUAUGUGUCGCCCUCUGUUUCGUCCUUCGUCAAUUCACAAUCACAUAUCUCUUUGCGGAGGCCUCGGUUCAAACCGGGGCGAUCUGGCCGGAACGCGCGCGCUAGCAGGCUGUACAACGCGUGUCAUGUCGAUGGAAGAAGAAAGAAUACAGAUAAAACUGAACCA